UAGUUGUAAACGAACGAUCGUUGCGGUUUCACGUCUCUGUUUCAUGUGCUCUCGCGAAACUAAGUUAUUCUCUUCGUCACACACUUGUGACUGUAAGUGGAGUGAAACUUAAUAUAGUUUAAUAAAAAAUACACAUUUACAUCACGUGGUGCUUCACAAUAAUAGUAUUCCGUGAAUUUCUCAGCGGAAUACCCCUGGACGUUUCGCAGACCAUCAAUUCUGUUUUUGUUACCAUAGUUUACGUUGUGCCGGUGUACUAAUUGUUUGUCGGAGUAACCUCAAAAUGGAUUGAACUGGGCUGAUAAAAUGCGGUGGUUUAAGAAAGGCGAGCCGCCGCGGCUGCUCGCCGUGUCUCCGGACGCCGAAAACAGAUCCACCCAUAUAUCGCCGGUACGCUACCCGAACAGAAAAAGUAGCGGCAGUUCGGUUGAAACCAACUUCUAUAACCUCAACGAUCAAAUAAUAAUAGUUGAGAAAUCUCCUCACCGUUGUAAUCACGGCAGUGAAACGCCGGUCACCCGGCGCAUAUCUUUACAAAACGGCCCCACUUCACCGCAGGAGAACUAUAAUACAUCGCGCAAAAAUCGCGGCGGUUCCCUCGAGAAGGAAUACAUGGUGUUUCGAGAAAGACGCAACCCACUACUCGACAAAGUGAAGAACACCAAACUAUCUUGUUUCAAAUCCAACGGUCCUUUAAGGCAUGGCGACGAUGCAGCAUCUACUUCAGAAAGUGACUGUAGCGGCUUCGGUCACAUUGAUGAUGUAACUAGCUGUCGGUACAGUAACAAUUUUUCUGACGCCCACCUUGAAUUCGAGAACCAAAACCCUUGGGUGAAAAUGCCAAAUUACGACGAUGAAGUAUUUUUUGCCAAAAGUGUAACUAGUCCUGUAGAAAGUCAGUGGAGGGAGGGAAAGUCAUUUAUCAAUAGAGGUACAAGAUGCUACAGCUCCGGUUCAGAAUGUGACCGAUACCACGCUAUACCUAAAGCCGGCGCAAAAUUAUCAAAAUCUAGUGACCAAAUCUUUAAUGACGAAUAUGAACCAUUUGAUGAAGCUCCGAUAUCAAUGAAAUCUCAAUACAAAAAGACUGAUAAAUUAAAAACUAAAGAUGGUAAAGAUUCUAUUGGUCCCAGUUCAUGUCUAUCGGCAAAAAUACGAGCAAUGUCUGAUAGAUACUUAAAAUCUUCUACGAACAAAUUUUUCUCCAAGCUAUACAAACCGGGAGGCGAAGCUGAAGAAGACACUGGAAAUAUCGAAAAUGCAACCAAAUCAACUAAUGCUGUCAGUAAAAGUCGAAAAAAAAGAGGAGGAGUCAAGGCAAAAUUACGUAGCUUUUCAUAUGGGGCUUUACCGGGAUUGGACGAUUUCCAAAAAAGUCAUUCCGUCUUUCACGACGACGCGUAUCAAAUAUCGUGUGACGAUGAGAACGUUUUAAUACAAGACUGCGAAGACGCCGACUCGGGUAUUCUAGUCAACGAAUCAGCUACGUCAUCGAUAUUUGAUAGUGAUCGGAUAUCGUCUCGGUGUGAGAGCUCAGCUUCACAAGCUAAUGCACUAUUACCGUGUCACGGGAGAAGUGUGUCCGGUGAUCAAAACUAUCCAAAGCCUAGAAUAUCGGGUAGAAUGAGCCGAGAGCGGAGGGACGGUCCAAGACCACGGCCGCGACAUUCCCAAAGAGCACUUUCACUUGAUCGCAAGGAAAUUCUGAGGCGAAUGCCAAAAACCAAACAAAAUGAAUACGAUGAACCUCAAUACCUCCAACUGACUGAAAAACAAAAAAUGCGACAAAGGGAUGUGACGUUAGGAGACGCUGGUAUCCCUCCAAUACCACCGUGUAGAAAACCAACUAGAGGUAGUAAACCAGAUAAAAAUGAAUUUAAAGUUGUCAAAAUAGUCCGAAGGAAUCCAACAGAUGAAUUAGGUAUUUUUAUAGCCAAAACCAAGCUCACGGAUGAGGGUCAUAUCGGAUAUUUAGUUGCACAUGUAGUUCCUGGAGGAUUAGCUGAAAAAGAAGGCACUCUGCGCAUUGGGGACGAACUAUUGAACGUGAACGGCAGAAGACUUCGAGAUCUUACUAUGUCAGAAGCUAAAGAAGCCUUGAAAUCAGGAACUUCCGAAAUUGAUAUCGUGAUAUGCAGACAACGCGAUAAAUCAUCGACAGAACAAAGACAGCGCGAUUCGUCACACAGAAGCGCAAUCCUGAUGCGCGAAAGCUCCGUUGAUUACGAAAACGCAAUAAUAUUAGGAAAGGAAAAACGUAUUGAUAAAUAUGACGUCAAAAUAACUGGUCGACGUUCGCAGGAUGAGUCCGCGUGUAAUCGCAGCGCGCUAUCAGUGGCGGACGAGGUGGCCGACAGUGCGGCCAACGCGCACUCCCACUUCCUAAAGGGACAGAACGCGACUUAUAGUAGUAUGAACAACAAACUGCUGCGUCGACAAGUGGUCAGCUAUGCCGGGGCCAACAAGGACGGGCUCGCCCUCAGUUGCGCUGUCGACAUUGCAAACGUGGACACCACGGACAGUGCUUCGGAGCGUGUUAAAGAAAAAAAUGACAGUGAAAUUGAAAAUACACAAAACGCAACGAAUUUCUGCACGCUACCCCGGAGACCGAGAGCGCCCACGCACACGUAUCACACGAUAACAUUUGAGAAAGGUCACGGGAAGAAACCGCUCGGUUUUACGAUCGUGGGAGGACGCGACUCGCCGCGAGGUCCACUCGGAAUAUUCAUUAAGAGCAUCCUUCCACAGGGCCAAGCAGUCGACGAUGGACGACUAAAAGCAGGAGAUGAGGUGUUGGCGGUCAACGGUCAGGCGUGUCAUGAACUGGCUCAUGUAGAAGCGUUGGCACUAUUCAAAGCAGUCAGGUCCGGAUCUAUAGAGCUCAGGAUAUGUCGACGAGUCAAAACAGCGCAAUCUACCAAAGCUAAAUCAUGCACAGAUCUUCUGAACGACGAUGAAUAAAAAUAAGUACCUACUGAAUUAAUUUAAUUCAACAUGGCUUCAGAAAAUAUGAUUACUUAUUAAGUGGUUUUUGCUAUCAAUGGCAAACUUUUAUCGGUCAUCCGUGACCAAUUAAAGUACGAAACGAAUAGUAAAAGCUCGGAAACUUUCAAAUGUAAGUACUGAAACCACCAAACGAAAUCACAAGCAUGGUUUUAGUUAGAUCAAAAAUAAAUUUGUUUUCAUUGAUCUUCUAGUUUAGGAGGCCUUUGGGUUUUUAAAUGUCGUCUCUAAUAACAAUUACAUUGUUUUUUUUUGUUUAUCCUUCGUUGAAGCCAUGUUUUUCAGGAAAAACUGAAUGUAAAAAUGUUCUAAGAAAAACUGUAUAGUAAAUAGUUUAGAAUUAAAAUAAUUAUAUAGUUCGGUAUUAAACGACAAACGUCUCUUGUAAAAUUACAUUUUUAUUUUGUUAUUACAUAGAAAUCUAUUAUCUCGUAGACUGAUAUUUAAUAAAAAUAGCAUUCUUAAAUGAAGUCAGUGGAUUUCAUGUUAAGUGUCUCGUUUUGCAAAUGAAAACCAGCUCUAAUGAAAACAGCUCUUACAUCGAAAUAAAACUCAUUGUAUUUAAAUUAUAUUGUUAUGGUACUUAAAUAUUUUUGUUUUGAGGUAUAAUCUAAACAUAUCGUAAAUUUACUUACUGUGAUGCUUAAUAAUAAUUAAGCAUUAACCGUAAAAUUAUUUUGAAAACUAUAAACUACCAUGAACUCAAGGGAUAUUUACACGGAGAUAGUUACUCGUCUUGUACGAAUAUCGAAGAAGCGGAAACAUAUUUUUUUAUAUACACGUUAAAUUGAUAUACCUGAAUCUUGUAAUCAUAAUUUCAUAUGAUAAAAAACGUUCGAUAACUCAACUGAAUGCGUACAAUGAACUAUCGCCGCGUAAAUGUGACUUUACCCUCAAUUUAAGUAUUUCACUCUAUUGAUGUCUUUAUCUACUAAUAUCUAUCUGUAUAUAUGUAUUUAUGAAUAACUAAAAAAAAUGCGGAUGCUUACAUCUAUACAUAACAGAUGCUUACAUUCAUAAAAACUGUUAUAUAGAGAACUCUUACCACCUAUUUUCGUUUCAUUGAGUUCGCAAUAUUGCAGGGCUGUUGAAAGGGGCAUGAUUAAGGGUAAACUUCAAGACUGCGGUCUAAUAUUCUAAACACACAAAUCUGUUUACACUCUUUUCAAUCAAUUUUUAUGUGUUAUCUUCGGCAUUCAUAACACAAUACACACACACAAUACAUUCAUACACAAUACAAUCAUACACUUACGCUGUCAAUAGCUUUAGCCUCUUUGUAAAAACUACCUACUCGCAGUCUUCGGUCUACCAGCAAUCAUAGCAUUGGCAACAGCACCGAAAUAUAGGGAACUCGUUCAGACUAAUAAUCAUCCUAACAAUGUAUUAAAUAAUAUUGUUUAUUAUUAAGUAAUUAUUUUUAAGUAUGACCUACAAAUGAGACACUUAACUUGAAUUAUCAUUGACGAUAUAAAAAUCUAGAAAGUGCCAUUUAAGAUAGCUUGCACGUAGUCCUCAUCGAAUUAAGAAAUUUACAUGAAUCCUUUUUAUAUCCUUCAAUUCUUUGACGAACUGUACCUGACUUUCACUGUUUUCCUAUUAGCAACGCUCCAAACCUAGUGAAUACCUAAACCGAGAAAUCCAAAGAGUAAUGAAUUAGGUAUUUCUUUAGGUAUGUACGGUUAAUUACUUUCCUUAUUCUUUGUUGUAAUUAUUUUAAGAGCUUAUUAAGUAUAUGACGAGUGUCAGACGUCUGCACACGUGAAAAUCUUUGAUGGGGUUUUUUAAACUUUGAUAGAUUUGACAAAUGUAGCGCCAUCUAUAUUUAAAACGCAUAACUAUCCCAAUUACAUUGGCUCAAACCUAUCAAUUCGUCAUACUGAUUGAGCUAAUGAAUUUAAUUUUAUUUAUUUCUGUUCUUUAGUGAGUCUGAAUGGAAAAAAAAUGUAUUAGCGAGUAAGCUUUUUUGUAAACAACCAUGUAUACAUAAAAAAAUAGAAAAAUAUACCAUAUGACAUAAAUAACAAUAUGUUUCAGAUUAAAAACAUAAAAUUCAGAUGUGAAAGCGGUCACUCUUGUUCUGAAGUGUAUUCUGAUGCUUUUACAUAAUGAUUCUUUUUUUUGUAUACUAAAUUUUAAAUCAUCUAGAAGCGUUUUUCUUGAAAAUAAUAUAGCAGCUCUCAGUACCAUAAUUCAGAAGAUAUCGAUAAAACAACCGUCAAUUAUUUAUAAACCGUUCUGAGAUUUUCAUACAAUGUGCAGUUUUUAUGAUAGAUUUAUUAAGUACCUAUGUAUUUCGUAAUUAUUGUAGCUAGCACGAGAGGUCUUAGACUUGAAUUAUAUUACGGUUUUUUUUUUCUUGCGCAAUAAUAAGCUUCGAUUAGAAAAAAAAGAAAAAAGUUUAGGGAUCUGUGUACUGUGAUAGUUUAAUAAAUAUUUGAGGAAAUUAAUUCACAUAAAAUUAUCAAUAAAAUGUGUACAAUAUAUAUAUUAUUAUUUGAAUAGGAAUUUACUCGUGCAUUUUAAAACAAAGAAAAAACACAAAAAUGAAGCUUUUUUGUACAAAAUGUGAAAUAUGAUUUUAUGUUACAUUUAUUAGCGUGAUUCUCUUAAUCGGGUUUAAAAUCAAAUUAUACCUGAUUAUUUAUAAGAUACAAAUGAAAUUGGGGUAAAAUACCAACAUUGACACGAAUAUACGAGAAUUGCGACUUUGGUAUUUAAAACUUUUACAUAGAUUUUAUGACUAUUAAGAAUUAUUAUUUUAAACGAAAAGAAUAUAUGUGGCGUAUAAUAUACUAUAAUAAUAAAUAUCUUAAUUGUUUCAUAAAAAAAAAAAAACAUAAAAUUUUGAAUCAUAUCACUUAUUGUCAAUGCUAUCAGAAUCAAAAUGUAACGUAUUAAUAAUCAAUAUACAUAAUUAUGAAUAAA